AUGGCGGAAUCUUGCGGAGCAGCCUCCGUAGCAUCGACGACAUUUCUUGUUCUGCUCGUUUCCGCCCUUCUGUUGAGCAUCGCCGCAGCAUACGCCGACGCGAAAUCAGCUGACACAGUUACCAUCGGUGGAGUUUUCGACCAAGGCGAAGACAGCGGUCUGGACGUUCAUUUGACGCAAGCCGUAGAACGGAUAAAUCAAGACGCGUCUAUCUUACGUGGCCAUCAGCUGAAAGCCCUUAGUUUCAAGACAAAUCCUGGCGACAGUUUCGUUGCAUCGAAAUGCGUGUGUGAGCUUGUCCGGCAGGCCAUUGCGGCCCUCAUAGGACCCACUUCUUGGCAAGUGCAAUCCUACGUUCAAUCGGCUUCAUACCGGAUGCAAAUCCCGUAUCUUCAAACAUCGCCUGAAUUCCGGGAGCGCCUUAGCCCGUUCACGUUAUAUCUGCAUCCUUCAGUACAGCAGCUGAAUCGCGCUUACCACGACCUCAUUCAGAGCCGCAAGUGGAAGUCGUUCGCUGUUUUCUACGACAACGAUAAUGUAUUCGUUGCGUUGAAAGACGUACUCAACGCAUCCCUCAAUCCUCCCAACGUCCUGAUGUAUCCUUACAACCCCGCGUUGUCCUUCAAAAAAAUGCUCAAGGACAUCGGCAGCAAGAAUAUCUACAACAUUAUCCUCCACCUCGAGCUAGCCAAACUCCCUCAACUGUUUCGAGAGGCAAAGGAAGUUAAUCAGACAACUUUAUAUCACGAUUACAUCGUGACAGGACUUGAUUUUCACACUUUGGACCUGCGUGAAUUCUACUCACUGAAGGCCAACGUCUCCGCCUUCCGCAUCAUCGAUCCGGACCGAAAAGAGGUGCAAGUGGUGCGACGUGAUUGGGCGCUUGCAACCGGUCUCGCCUCUCAGAAUUACCAGUCUCCAACAGCUUCGGGAGCUCUGCGAAAAGACAAGUCGCCGAACCUCGAUAGAAUAUCGACGACUGAAGCUCUUCUGUACGAUGCGGUAGCUCUCGUGGCGGCUGGCAUUGAGUCUCUGAAAGAAAAGGAAUGGAAAGACAACAACAACUACAACAAGAACCCUCCGCCAUUGUUCUCGCAGCUGGACUGUAACCGCAGCGUGCACUGGGAACAAGGCAAGGCGCUGCUUGAAGCAAUCAAGGGGGCAAGAGUCCGGGGGCUCAGCGGAGACUUACGUUUGAACCGUCGCUCUGGGACACGAGACGAAUUCGCCUUAGAUAUUGUUGAACUCAAACACAGCGGUCUUCGAAAAACAGCCACCUGGACCACUCGAGAAGGCCUCAAAUUCAGUGCUGCGAACCGAACAGAGCAGGACGCCGAAUUGUCCAAGACCCUCGAGGGAAUGACACUCCGAGUGGUCAGCGUUUUGAACGAACCAUACACAAUGCUCUAUCCAGCCUCUGAGAACCGAACAGGGAACAAUCGUUAUUACGGCUACGCGAUAGACCUAAUUAAAGAACUAGCCGCGGUGUGCAAGUUCAAUUAUACUUUCUACAUUUCACCAGACAGUAAAUACGGAAGCAGACAACCCGACGGAAAGUGGAAUGGCAUGGUGGGAGAACUUAUUCAGAGGAAAGCCGACAUCGCCGUGGUUGACCUCACCAUCACUUACGAUCGCGAGCAAGUUGUCGACUUCACGAUACCCUUCAUGAACACCGGAAUCAGUAUCCUCUUCAAGAAGCCCGAAAAAUCAGAACCGGCCAUAUUCUCCUUCUUGUAUCCAUUUUCAAUCGUAGUCUGGUUCUAUACGCUUACGGUGUACACCUUUGUUUCAAUUUUGGUGUACGUACUGGGGCGCUUCACUCCCUACGAGUGGGUUCCUUCGCAUCCUUGCGAUCCUCAAUCCGAACCCGAGAACCAGUUCAGCUCUCUACAGAACGCGUUUUGGUUCACAAUGGGAAGCAUUAUGCAACAAGGCUCUGAUCUUGUUCCUAGGGCUAUCUCAACUCGUGUCCUGGCAUCGAUUUGGUACUUCUUCACGUUGAUCCUGAUUUCUUCGUAUACAGCGAAUCUCGCGGCUUUCCUGACGGCCGCUCGGAUGGGCGCCCCCAUCGAAAACGCUAACGAUCUUGCCAAGCAGACAAAGAUCGCCUACGGAUGCCUCGGAGGCGGUUCGACCUAUGGAUUUUUCAAGAAACACAAUGACCCGGUGAUGAAGCGGAUGUGGACCUACAUGGAGGCGGAGAGGCCAACAGUGUUCACCACGUCCAACAAGGAGGGCAUCGAAAGGGUCCUUCGAGGCGACUACGCCUACCUCAUGGAGGCGCUCAGUAUUGAGUACCUCGUAGAAAGGAACUGCAACCUUACCCAAAUAGGAACAUUACUAGACAGCAAAGGAUACGGCAUUGCCACACCUCUUAAGUCUCCGCUCCGGAGCGCGCUCACAUCUGCAAUAUUGAUCCUCCAAGAGAAAGGGGUACUACACGCGCUGAAAAUGAAAUGGUGGAAGCAACAAGGCGGCCUGCUGAAGUGCGAUGAAGACAAGGGAUCUUCAUCGACGAGUGAGAUGGACAUGGAUUCCGUGGGCGGAGUAUUUUUAACCCUGAUUGUCGGAUGUGCUGUCGGCGUUAUAAUAGUCAUCUGCGAGUUCUGCUGGAAGAGAGCCAAGGUGCCUUACGGUGAACGGGGACAUUUGUUCUGCGAGUUUUUCAAAGAGAUGAGACAUGUGCUCGCUUGUCAGGGCUCUCGACCGAACCCUGAUUCAAGAGAGGACUUGGAUGACGAGGAUGCUGCUGGAGGCACCGCGGAACUUUCCGAAGAUAUCGACGUUGCUGGAAUGGCGUUACACCUAAACAGCCUGAAGCUCGCUCGUACAGCCACGCUACAAGAUAUGCGUCUGCAAAAUAUGCAAGGCCAGCUUCAGAACUGCAAAACAAAUCAAUCUCACAUAGGAUCUGACACGUUCUCCCGACAAACCUCCGCCAGUCACCUCAGCAGGACCGCCACUCUACAGUCAAGGCAUUCAAACCAUUCGGUGCGUACCUCGCACACCAUGAACUCGGUUCAUUCCAUGCCAUCGGUUCACUCAAACAAUUGGGGCGUCUACGAAAACUGA